AUGACACAACGCAACGAAAGUAGGAGAGGAGGUCGCGGUGGCAAUCGAUUCGGUGGAAAUCGCCAGACAAGUGGCAAUUCACAGAAUGCAAAAAAGAAAGAAAAACGAUCGCCCAAGUAUCAUCCAAGCGACCCAGAUUUUCCUUAUGCCGAUGUAACACGGAGCCUCAUCGAACGAAUUGGAAUGGAGGGAUUGGAGUAUCCUCAGAUUAUGAUAUCUUCCAUCAAAGAAUUGAAUGAGCCAGACUGGGAUGGUUUGAAACCCACAUUGGAUUUAACUGGCCAAGAAGACAAAAUUGAGAGAGAGGCAAAGAAGGAAGAAUUGAAAACGGAGAGUGUCGAAUAUCAUCAACAAAAGCAAUACUGGAGCAAAGGGAAGUGGCAUGUGCAUUCGCUGAUUAUGGAGUCAUUUGUUACCAGUAAAAUGAAGGACAAGAUUCUAUAG